AAUGCGGAGCUGGGUGGGAUUUCUGCUUUUCUGUUCUUUUCUAAAGCCCCGGCAAUUGCCCGGCGGAACGAAACGCAAGCAUCUUUCCAUUCAACAGUUUCAAGGGGCGAAGUUGCAACCGCGCUCGCUCAGUGACCCCCCCCUCAGUUCGUCGGCCCCAGAUUUCGGAAUACGCACGCUCGGGACCACCGCCGUCUAUUCUUUCCCCUCUGCUCCGAGGAUUCCGUCGAGAAAGAGAAGCUUCUCGCCUUCCCUCUUUCGUGACUCGGAGCUUCGCCACCAUGCGAAACCGGAGCAGAGCUUCGAAGAGGGCUCCUCCCGAACCCGCCAAGCCCAGUUCCGGUCCUCCGGAACAGGACGCCUUUGAAGGAGAAAGUCUCGGCCUUCUGCUCGAAUCGAUUCGAGGCAAGAUUAAGGUAGCUAGGAGUUUGGAUGGAGAGGCCUUACCAGAGAAAAUAUGGCUCAAGCAACAAUUUGCAAUUGGGGUCAAUGAAGUUACACGCGCGCUCGAACGAAUGCCUCCAUCUAAUGGUGCAGCAGAUGACUGUCCUCAGAAGUCACUUACCUCCGGCAACAAUGAUGCAUCCUAUCCCCGGCUUCAGGCUAUUCUAUUGGCAUCCGAUUGCAACCCCCGAUGGUUGACCAGACAUCUGCCAAGUCUAGCCUCAUCGAGGAAGGUGCCGCUGAUCUUUGUCAAAGAUAAGAAGAGGGGAUCUUUAAGGCUCGGAGAACUCGUCAACUUAAAAACUGCAAUUGCAAUCGGAAUAAAGGCUAAAGGAAAUGCUGUCAAUCAUAUCGUUGAGAAAAUUCUUUGCAACAGCGACUUAAAUAUUGAAAGCAAGAGCACUGGGCAGAGUCUGCUAAACGGAGAAACUAAUGGGAAUCGGGAUCGAGUGGGAUGAGAAACAAUUUUGCCUUUUCACAAGCUGGAAAAAAAGGACAUCUUGGGAAUCAUUACCAGCCAUAUGUAAAACUGGCUUCACAGGGCUUGUCUUUUAUUCCUGAUCCUGAUUUGAUGGAACUAACAUCCUCUCCGCAACAAGUGCAUACUCUCGGCUUCAUCUUCAAGCAGCUGUUUCGCGAGCCUUCUUGACUAUGCUCAAGAGCCGACAAUCGGAAUACAUCAGUUUGGAGAGCGCAUGGAUGUGUUAUGAAAAGAUUUUAAUAGAUUAAAUAUGUGGAUUCGUCCCUGUUCUUAAUUGCGACUGAUGUGGAACUCAUUACAAUCAAGUUAAUGGACAUGGUUUACGAUAAGAAGCUUGCUUGUGUUA